AUGAGAGCAGCUCUUGUUGGUGCGGGAUAUAAUGGUAAAAUAUCAAUCAGGGCUUAUGGUGAGAAGAAACCAUCGGCUGCUGCCGGAAUCACCUUUGUAUACGAAGGCUCAAAACGUGGAAGAAUGCAUAGGAUGUUAGUAGACAUGUAUUUAAGGGCAUUGGAAAAUAGUAGCAAUGCACCAACAAACUUUAUGGUAAUCACAAAGAACAUGAUGCCGGCUGAGGAUGAACAUGACACUCGGUUCGUGGAUUUUCUUGGAGAUUUGAAUUUGAGAUGCUACAACGUUAUCGUAGCACUGCCUGAUGACUACAAACCAGAACAGAUGCCAUUUGAGCUCAACUUCACAGCAUGGCGUUGGAGUGACCUACUUACUGGAGGAUGUCCUCUGGACGGUAGCCUUGUCGAAAGACUAAGAGACAACGACCGUAAAAACGCAUGUCUAGAACCACCCGUACCCCAAACCCAACCCAAAUCCGAAGACAUCCCCAUCGAUUGUACUUGUUCUCUCUGUGUUCGCUCAGAUCUCUCAUGA